AUGCGGAAUCUACUUUUUGUCCUUUUAAUUAUUUUCCUCGCAAAUUUGGCUAACGGCCGACGAUUUCUGAACUCUGCCGAACAAGAUGUAGUGACAACGAAGCACAAUGAAAUCAGAAGUCAAGUAGCGUCAGGAGAAUAUGAGGGUUUGAACGAUGAGAAGCUUCCUUCAGCGGCCGAUAUGAUAGAGUUGGUGUACGAUCGGGGAUUGGAGACGGUAGCUCAAAAGUACGCGGAACAAUGUGAUUGGGAACAUUCUGGAUCUGGCGGAGAAAACUUGGCUUCAUUCUCGGGAGAACAUGCAAAGAGCGAUCUAUUGGAUAUGGCAGUAGAGAUGUGGUUUAGUGAAAGUACCUAUUUCAACGUCACCAAUGUUAAACGCUACCAAAAACAGCCUGAGGCUAUGGUCGGGCAUUUUACGCAGGUGAGAAUACUCAAGUUAAUAAGCAUUUCCCUUAAUUUAAGCAUUUUCAAAUUAAAAAAAAAUAUUUUUAAAAUGUCAUAACGAGUCACACCUUCCCAAACCCAAAUUUCAGUUAGUCUGGGCCAAAACAGCUCGUCUGGGCUGCGGAGUAGCACAUUGCGACGAGAUUUUGAAUAUGGACACACAUUUUAACCAUGGCUAUGUUGUUGUUUGUAAAUACCAUCCGCCCGGCAACUACAAACGAAAAGCACUUUACAAACAAGGGAAGCCUUGUUCACAAUGUCCGAAAGAUUCAGACUGUCAUAAAAAUUUAUGUUCAAAAUUUUAG